CCCCCCCCCAAAUCGGAGUGCUAAGCCCCCGCAUACCCCCUGAAACCCGCCCUCUUGAAUUCUGGGCAGUCUGCGCCAGCGUUCCGGUGAUUGUCGAUUUGAUUGUGAUUGCGAUGGCCUCAGCUAUGGCCUCCCUCGUCACGGGCGCCACUUCCUCUGCGGAACUGCGCACGCGACGUGCUUCGCAGGCAGCCAUCUGCGGCGCAGGCCAGAGGGUUCCGCAGUUGGCGUACGGGGUUGUGUGCGUGCUCAGAAGUAGGGGUGCGGGGUCUCUGGGGGAGAGAGCUGGGAGGUUGAGUUGGACAGUUUCGCAAUCGGGCGAUGUGAGCGUGCCUCGUUUGAGCGCCGGGAGAGUGGAUGCGGCCAGGGCGACUGGGUCUCCCGUAGCGUGCGUGGCAGGUUGGAGCGGUGGCAAUGGAGCCGCGGGGGUUGCAAGCGCAGUGGUAUCGAGGGCGGUUGUGGUUGUGUCAUUGGUGGUGCGAGUCGCGAAGGCGUUGGGCGACGCCUUGACGGCGACCCCGCUGCCGGACGGCUCCACGAAUGCGGAGAGGGAGCUGGUGAAGGCUCUGAAGGGGCGGUUGGUGUUGGCUGCGGGGCCGUUGUUGUUUGCGUCAAUUAGCCAAGCUCCGGGGUCCGUGAGCACGCCUCUGACGGUGGUUGCCAGCGGCAUGGCGAAGUGGCUGGAGCUUUACAGCGGAGUGUUGAUGGUGCGCGUGCUUCUGAGUUGGUUUCCCAACAUCCCGUGGGAGAGGCAACCGCUUCAAGCAGUUCGGGACAUGUGCGACCCGUAUUUGAAUCUGUUCAGGAACAUCAUCCCUCCGCUUUUCAACGCUCUGGACCUGAGCCCCAUGCUGGCGUUCAUGGUGCUGGGAGUGUUGACCUCCAUUUUGAACACGACAGCCAGGUGAUGGGGGAAUUGGCGGAGGGUUUAGGUCUGUAGGAUUCGGGUUUAGGAGUUAGGUGAUUGUAGUGGCGUCGGUUUGUGGACGUCAGCGUAGCUGCUGCAACGGAGCUGGAGGUUGCGACGUUGUGGCGUUGUUUGGAUGACAACGCCGGUUGUGUAGAUUUCACACACGCGCAGCCGAAUUCGGGAGCCGUGGGGCCUGUCUUUUAAUCACACAGGGCUUUGAGCUCCAAUUUGUGGAGACGUUUGGGACAA